CAUAGGAUAGGUAGAGAGAAGGGUUUUAAAGAUAUGACUUUAAUAACGUGUAUUUAACGUAACACACAAUCAGAUGUCGUACAAACUACGUGCAGUAAGAAACACUGGCUUUGUGAAGUAAAAACUACUAUUUUAAAAUAGUGGAUCUGUGCCAUUGUAACCAAUUUGGAGCCAUGUCACUCGACACCUCCAACCAUUGGUUACGAUGAUUGUGCUAACCUCAAACUCCCCACCUACUAACACGACUCAGUCCAACAGUGAAUGACUUCAUGAACUUGUACCACAUCUUGGAUUGUUUACCCCUAGCUUUCCUUCAAAUUACCCCUACACCAGGAAACAACGCGCGUCGAGGUAGAAGGUGGUUGGGCAUACGUAAUACAUGUCCCAAUCAUAUCGAUUGGUGAAGAUUCAUUACCUCAUCAACUAGUUUGUCAUCUCUAUCUAGUACACUACGUCUAGCUUGAGUAUUGCUAGCUCUAUUGUCCCAACAUACGCGACCAAUGCUUCGAGGGCAUCUAUGAUCAAAUUUCAGUACACCAAAAUUGAACCCACGAUUUAUUGAAAUUGGAACCGCCAACACAAGGGAACUGUUGCAACCAUGUCAAAUAUUUUAAGAGGUCUUGAUAUAUCCACACUUACCCAUCAAUCGUUGAAAGAUAUGGGCAAUCAACUGUUCAACUCAUGUCAGUAUAACGAAGCAGUUCAAUGCUAUACACAUGCUAUCACCCAACAACCAAAUAUUUCUUCGUACUAUUCAAACAGAGCGUUGUGUUACAUUCAAAUGCAAGAUUAUUCAAAAGUUUUAUCUGAUUGCAGGUUUAUUUAAACAACUUAAUCAUGGAAGAUGCUGCCCGUCAAAAACAAGUGAUUCUAUCUAAAUUAUCUGGAAUCAAUGGUUCUUUGCCGAAUGUCGAGCCAACCAAAAACGUGUCUAUUGAUUCGUUAUCAGCCGAGGAUAACAAUUUUGAAAACAUCUCACCGAAGCACCAAGAAAUCCUAUCGAAAAUAGAUAAUACUGCUCAAAAAUACAUUUCAGAGCUUAAUGAACUGUUCUGUAAGGUGGACGAACGCCGAAAAAAACGUGAGAUUCCAGACUACCUUUGUGGUCGUAUUAGCUUUGAUCUAAUGCGAGAUCCUGUAAUAACACCUUGUGGAAUUACCUAUGAUCGACCUUCAAUUAUAUCUCACCUGCGCCAAGUUGGACACUUUGAUCCUGUUUCACGUCAACCAUUGAUAGAAGAUCAGCUUAUACCAAAUUUGUCUAUGAGAGAGGUUGUACAAGCUUUUCUAAACGAAAAUCCUUGGGCUGAAACAUUAUAA